UCGCUUAUGAAAAGAUGUCUUAAAGUGUCCUCUUUCUAAUGCUGAAAACCGCACUUCAUUAUCUAUCUCCCGCGAGGAGUUAUUCAAAAAGCAACCGACUGCACGACCAUUUGGUACGGAUAGUAGUACAGGCGGUGUUGACGAAUGUGGGGAUGUUUGUUAUCCGGCUGCGUUACCAACCGGCACAAUAUUAUAUUCAAACUGUACACUAGUGAUUACAGGAAAGAAUCUUUACGAUUAUUAUGCCGUGGCAAUACAGGUAACCUUUCUCUUCUCCUUACUAAACCCCGGAACAGGAUCGAGGAACUUUUUGUACUUUUUCUAUUCAUAAAAAGAUGUUUUUCCGACAUUAUUAUAGUUCCAUAUUUCAAAAUUAUCUUGAAAACAAUCGCAAGAAUGACAUUUUCUGAAUGCAUUCCGCUUCCAUGUUUUAUUUAGGUUGAAGAUUAUCUGGAUUCGACAUCAACAACUGCGUUUAGUUCCGUACCCAUGCAAUUUAUAGUGUAUGUGAUUCAACCACUAUCGUGUCCUUCGCCGAUUGUCUUCAGUUCAUUUACAACAGAUGCUUGUAUUAGUGUACAAGUCGGUCAAACAUUAGUGAUUCCGCUAUUUGCUGAGAAUUAUUGUCCGACCACAGAUAUUACUGAUAUUGGUACAUUGUCGUUUCCAAAUGUAAUAAAAAGUUCACUUAUUCAAUUAAAUUCAACUGUGUGGACAGUUAAUUUAACGUAUACGCCAACGGCCAGUGAAGUUGGACUACAAAUACUCUGCGCAAUUGCUAUUGACACUGUUUACACACAAUCCAGUCAAUACUGCCUCACAUUUACAGUUGGAAAUGAUAAUUCACUUUAUUGUCAAGUAAAUACAAAUUCAACAUCGACUACGAGCACUGCAACUACCACAUCGACAAGUACCAUAUCGACAAGUUCAACACUACAAGGUUACCGUAAAAGUAGUUACAUUAAAAAUAAUUAUAAGAAGAAGAAUUUUAUUUUAGGUACAACUGAUUCAAUCUUAAAACAUGCUCACACUCAACAACUGAGCAGCAUCACAUCACCAAAUGUAACUGAAAAUGAUUCGAUUUUAUCACGCGGUUACUCGCGACAAAUGAGAAAAAGUACAACAAAAAUAGCGUGGUGA